CACCAGGAGCACUGGUUCCUCUGCACUGGACCUGAACUGGACCUGCUGGAGGACACAUGGGGAUGCUGAUCGGUUGAGGAGCUGCUGCUAUUGUUCUUUUUUCUUUUGUGACUUUGAUGGACGGACAGAAAGACGAUCUGAUCUGGACCUGCUGAGACACGACGGCUCAGUGAUCACCAACAGCUACAGUGGAGAUGGGCUGUCUGGGAGGGAAGACGGAGGAAGAACGUUUGGAUGAAAAAGCGAAACGAGAAGCCAACAAGAAGAUCGAGAGACAGCUGCAGAAAGAGAGACAGGCUUAUAAAGCUACACACAGACUGUUACUGCUGGGUGCAGGAGAAUCAGGUAAAAGCACGAUCGUGAAGCAGAUGAGGAUCCUUCAUGUGGACGGUUUUAACGCUGAAGAGAAGCAGCAGAAGAUUCAGGACAUCAGGAAGAAUGUGAAGGACGCCAUCGUGACCAUCGUGGCAGCCAUGGGCACACUGACUCCACCCGUUCCUCUGGGCAACCCUGGUAACCAAUUCAGAGUCGACUACAUCAAGAGCAUCGCACCACUGUCCGACUUCGAAUACACAGAGGAGUUCUUUGAGCACGCUCAGAAGCUGUGGGAGGACAACGGUGUGAAGGCGUGUUUCGAACGCGCCAACGAAUAUCAGCUGAUCGACUGCGCUCAGUACUUCCUGGACAGGUUGGAUUCAGUCAGGAGGACGGACUACACACCUAAUGACCAAGAUUUGUUGCGCUGCAGAGUUUUGACUUCUGGGAUUUUUGAAACCAGGUUUCAGGUCGACAAGGUCAACUUCCAAUGUGACGCCUAUGUGACGCCUGUCAUCUUCCUGUGUGUUUCUGAUGACCUGUCUCACUGCUCAGAUGUGACGGCCAUCAUCUUCGUAGCAGCAAGCAGCAGCUACAACAUGGUGAUCAGAGAGGACAACUCCACCAAUCGGCUGCGAGAAUCUCUAGACCUCUUCAGAUCCAUCUGGACCAACAGGUUUCUGAAGACCAUCUCAGUGAUCUUAUUCCUGAACAAACAGGAUGUGCUCGCUGACAAGAUUCUGGCUGGAAAAUCCAAACUGGAGGAUUACUUCCCUGAAUACAACAACUACCAAGUACCUGCUGAAGCUGUCCCAGACGCUGAUGAAGACCCCCGAGUAACCAGAGCCAAGUUCUUCAUUAGAGACGAGUUUCUGAGGAUCAGCACAGCGAGUGGUGAUGGGAAACAUUACUGUUAUCCUCACUUCACCUGCGCCAUUGACACCGAGAACAUUCGCCGCGUCUUCAAUGACUGUCGUGACAUCAUCCAACGCAUGCACCUGCGGCAGUACGAACUGCUCUGAUUGGCCAAUGAAGAAGCUGAUCUGGUGUCUUAUCAAUACUGAUAGAUCCUGAUCGAUUUACUCUUUCUCUGUUCUGUCACAGACAUUUAUCACUGCAGCAGCUAUUGAUCAUGACAGACUCGGAGAAUGUGUCUUUUUUGUCCGCUGUGCCCGUCUGGUGCAGGGGAUUGUGGGUAGUGUAGUUCUGUCAGUUGAGAGGAGCACAGGAUGUUUAGUUUCCUGUCGUUGCCGCGGCAACAGUCAUAUGAGACAGGUUUAGAAAAGUAAAAGCUUACAAAGGCUCAAAAACAAAAUUUGAAUUUAAAUAUAUUUUUUCAUGUUUCUGAACUUGUUACAGUUUAUUAUUGUUAUUAUUGUUAAUCUUUUCCCUGAUUGGCUGCCGUACAGUCUGAUGUCACUUUAUGACUGAAUUAACACCUGGAAGAUCAGACUGAUGUGUCCUGGCGUGACUGUAGAUUUAUUUCUGUCCUUUCUAGAGUUUCUUAGUCAGUUUGAUUCAACAUAAAACAUGACAUGAUAUAAAUAUAUAUAUAUAAACCUACACACAUAAAUAUUUACUGCUC